GCGAGUUGUGUAUCAGAUUCACCGAGACGCCAAAGAAGCCAGCGGUAGGUUUAGCCAGGCUAGAUUACUUUUAUUAUUAUCCUACAAGUGGCUCCGUCCCGAUCGCAGAGAGUCGUCUGUUCAGUCCAUCGUGUGUAAGUCAGAUCUUUCUCCAGGUCGUAGCUGGCUUGUGGAGGAUGCCCAAGGAACCCAGUGAAUCAUCCAGUGAGGCGAGCAAGAAGAUGGACGGUAAAGGGUCAGAGGAUUCCGAAGGUCAGACGGAGGCGUCAGAAGAGAUGCUGCGUAAAAGAAUCAGAACGAACACGCCGAGCCCUCAUCGAACCCCGCAGUCAAGCCCACCCAAGGCUGUGUCGAUGGAAGAGCUGAUGGAGACUGCUAAAGGAGUGACUAACAUGGCGCUGGCUCAUGAGAUUGUAGUAAAUGGUGGUUUUCAAGUUAAAGCCCCUGAGCCAGCCGAGGGAAGUUUAGAGAAACGGGUUAAGGAAAUUAUGCACAAAGCGUUCUGGGAUUCUCUUGAGGCACAGCUGAACGAUGACCCACCAGUCUAUGACCAUGCCAUCAAACUGGUUGGGGAAAUUAAGGAGACCCUGCUGUUGUUCCUGAUGCCGGGUCAAGCGCGUUUGAUAGGGCAGAUAGAGGAAGCACUGGACUUGUCCCUCAUCCAGCAGCAGGCUGAGAACGGCGCGCUGGACAUCGGCAAGGUGGCUCAGUUCAUCAUCAACACGAUGGGGGCCUUCUGCGCCCCAUGCAGGGACGAAGAUGUCCGAAAGCUGCGGGACAUCACCGCCAUCGUGCCCCUUUUUAAGGCUAUAUUUGCAGUGUUGGACAAAAUGAAGAUCGACAUGGCCAACUUUGCUGUCAGCAGUCUCCGCCCGCACCUUCUCCAGCAGUCAGUGGAGUACGAGAGGACGAAGUUUCAGGAGUUCCUUGAUAAGCAGCCCAAUGCUUUGGAUUUCACUCAGAAAUGGCUCCAGGACACUGCAGACUCCAUGCUUGGAGAGAGUGAAGGGGGUGCAGCAGGUGCUUCUCGUUCUUCCCCUCAGCUGCUGCUCAGCGUUCAUAACCAGGCCUAUUUACGGCUGUUGAACUGGGACCAUGGCAUGGACUCCUUCCCUGAGACUGUGCUGAUGGACAGGGGCAGGUUUCUGGAGAUGCAGCUGGAGCUGGAGCAGCUGGCACUGGUGGCGUCUGUGUUGCUCAUUGUGUAUAACAGUGCGGGUGAGGCCAUCUCUGGCCUGCCCGGCCUCAUGGACCAACUUAAGAGCACCAUCAAAAUCCUGCUUGCUGAAAUGCACACGCCGUCAUUCAGAGUGGAUGAAACCUUCGCAGCCAUUGGAGAGAAGUUGUGCUUGGAACUAGGAGAAUGCCUGUCUCAGCAUGGGUUCUCACCUUUCCACACAGACAGACAGAGUGCCCUCAAAGGCCAAAUAGCAGCUGUCAAGUCCCAAGACAACCCCAUCCGUAAACUGAUUGACUCUCGGAUCCAGGCCUAUCUCAUUGGCUUCCUGGAGUUCAGCCCUCAUAGGAGUCCCCCACCCCUUCCUGGAGGUCUGGCACCCAUCAGCAAAGAGCUCGAGGAAGCUGGAGUCAGACUGAGUCGCUUGGUUAACUUCAACAAGCUUGUCUACUCGCCGUUCUACCAUAAGAUCCUACAGGACAUUCUUGAGCCCAGGGAAGCUGCAGACACUUAAGCAGUUUGCCUGAGCUGACAACUAGAAUGAACCAAGCAGUCUACCGUAGGGUCAUAGGAACAACUGUGUUAAUGGAAUUGCUGAUUAUCUCCCCAAAGCUCACCUGCUGUCAAUGCUAUCAAGGGAUUUAUGUCACAGAUUAAACAUUUCUGACUUCUUCUCACUGCAGUUAAUAUCAGGGAUGCUCAGAAAUGCAUCCAAACAUGGCAUUUGGGCCAAGUUUGGGUCAGCUGAGGUUAAUGAAUUGGUUUUGGAGAAGAAUCUAAUGGAUGAUUUUUUUUGUUUUGUUUGUUUGUUUGUUGUUUUUUCCCCCUUCUUUUUUAAAAUGCCAUCAUACUGGGACCUUUUGACUUUCAGUUGAAGGUACGGGCGAAGUAGUGUUCUUAUGUUUAGAUAAUAAAUCAGUUUCUGUCACUAUAUGAGAGUCACUGGCUGUCAUCUGUCACCUAAAGCAGCUUUUUUGUUGUUGUUGUUGUUGUUGUUGUUGUUGUUGUGGCUUUUCAAAAGUCCUGCCCCAGGCCUGCAUCCUUUCAUAGUCAUGUAAAUGCUAUGAACAUAUUAGAAACAGCCAGACUGUAAUGGAAAUGUCAUCCACAUGCCAUUCAGGGUGCUUUCCUGUCCCCUGCACCUUCCAGGGUGAAGUACUGUAGCUGUGAUUGACACGGAUUAAUAUCCCCUUUAACAAAAUAACAACAGCUCAAAGUUACAUGGUUCUUCAUCAGUUUAUUGACCCCUUGUUUGAGCAGAAAAUAGGCUGGUGUAUUGUGAGAGAGCCACUCGCUGACAGUGUUGUAUGGGUUAAGCGAUAAAGAUGUAGAGAAUUUGACUGGUGCCUUACUUUGUGGAGUGCCAGCCUCGGUUAAAUGCACACUGCUCUCUUCCCAGUUCAGGUUAAGCUGGUUUUAAUUGUCCUCUUGUUUCCAGAAAGAACACCUAACAUAAUCUUUUUAAACAGCUUCUUUUCUAUAGACAGUGUUUUUAUCUAAAACAUAAAGCUGAGCACGCUUUGCAGAAAGGUCUUUCUCAUUGCUAGCGAAUCUGUCUGUUUGUCUGUCUCUGUCACGCUGUGUUACAAUGCAGUAUUUAGAAAGUUCUGUCAGUGACUUUAAUGGAAAUAGAUGCACAGCACUCUAACAAACAUCAGAGUUAGAACAUCGCUCUGUGCUGUAAAUUGUUGGUCUCAGCAGAGUAAUAUAUAUACGUCAUAUUUUUCCUUAAAGUAUUUAUGAGAGGGGCCAAGACAUUAAAGGCUAUGGUGACAAAGCAUCUUACCUGUAUUUUAACAUAUCCAGUCGCAUUAUUUACUCAGCACCUUUAAGCGUCCAGAAAAGUCCAAACUUAUGUGUACGUGGGAAACAUUUCCAACAGCUUCUCUUUGCAAUCCCUGUAUAGAUGCUGUAUAGAUGACGUUGCUUCUCAUCACUGUGUACGGUAAAAUGUUGUUUUGCUAUGUGUCAGAAAUUCACAGCUUUAACCUGACAGAUUUCCUGAAUAAACAGGACUGCAGCCAU